UCUGUUUUUUAGGUUAUGGGGUGCGCAAACGCAACGAUCUUUGCAGAAUUCUGAAAUCGGUGGUGAGCGUGAAAGAAUGCAUGAACCGAUCAUUCGUUCUUUUGGAAUCCUCAAAAAGUGUGCUGCUAAGGUAAACAUGGAAUACGGGCUUGAUCCAUCUAUAGGGAAAGUAUUAAUGGAAGCUGCACAAGAAGUGGCAGAAGGGAAGUUAAACGAUCAUUUUCCAUUGGUUGUAUGGCAGACUGGCAGAGGCACGCAAAGCAAUAUGAACGCCAAUGAGGUUAUUGCAAAUAGAGCGGCUGAAAUUCUCGGCCACGAACGUGGUGAUAAGUUUGUGCAUCCAAAUGACCAUGUGAACAGAUCACAGUCUUCAAAUGAUACAUUCCCAACCGUUAUGCAUAUCGCAGCUACAAUAUUGGAAAUGGCAACUUAUUUUAUUAAUCCCUUCAAUAUUGUGAUAUUAUUACUUAAUCUAAAUAGUAAAUGGAAAUAUAGAGUAGCUAUGUAG